AUGAUUGCUUCCAUGGGUAUUGGGACCAUCAUGACCAUAACUGCCACCACCAUCACCAAUACCACCCCACCAUCGCCAGCGCCGAAGCCUUCAUCACCAACACUAGACAAUACCACCACGACUACCUUCGCCAGCAACUUCUUCGCAAUCAUGAUCAUCUUUAAACCGAGAAGGAUACCAAUGUCGCCAAACAUGGAUUCUCAUCGAGCACGAGGGUUUAUCAAUGUCUGGGCGAUGGAAGGAAGGGCGAGAAUUCUGCUUCAAGUCUUAUCUAUAGCUGUGUUCUGCAUAUCGAUCAGCCGAUCUCAAAUAGAAAAUACUUCAUCGCCAGCUCAGUGCCACUUCGAAGGGAAAGAUUAUCAAGAGGGAGCUAGAUACAAAUCACAGGUCGAUCCUUGUAUCAGAUGUAGAUGUAAGGAUGGAGAAUCUGAAUGUUCUUUAAAGGCUAGGAGUGCAUGUAAACCGGUGACAUGUGAGAAUCCCAUUAUCAGCCCAGGAAAAUGCUGCCCAAGAUGUCCAGGACCAAACUCAAGGCACAAAGCAAAUCCAACUCCUCCACCGACACCAGGGGAAGGAGAAGGAAUGACCACUGUAUCUUCUUCUGGCUCUAGCAUCUUGAUAAUGAGAUUACCACCACCACCAAUUAUACCACCUCCUCCCCCUUCCGGAGUCCUUGGUUUUGAUUUUCAUAACGACACAUUCAUUCCAACAACCAUGAUGCCUCCAGCCCCACCAUCACCACCACCGCCACCUCCACCGACAGAUCCAGAUACGACGACGACUACCAUGCCGACUACCACAGAUGAUGGCGUGUGUACCAUGUCAUGCGUGGGAAGUGGGAGGUUCCCUGAUCUGAGAAAGCCCUGUCGGGUUCUGUUCCAUUUAUUAUCUCAUAAUAAGAAUAUCCGGCUCAAUUACACAAAUUAA